GUUUCUUGUCAACUGUCAAACAUAGUGACGUGGCCCGUGCCACAGCAGUUGAAAAAUCUUUAUUUCUUUCUAAUUGGAUCACAAUUUAGUUUUUCUUGAUUUUUUUUUUGUGAAAAAUAAUUGUAGUAAAUUUAAAUAAAAGAAAAACUGAAUAUUUCAUAGUGGGCUUUAAAAUCCUGUGCUAAAGAUGACGACCUAUGAGGAGUUUAUACAACAAAAUGAGGACCGUGAUGGUGUAAGAUUGACGUGGAAUGUUUGGCCAUCUAGUCGUAUUGAUGCAAGUCGUUUGGUUGUACCUUUGGCCUGUUUGUAUCAACCACUUAAAGAACGCCCCGAUUUGCCACCGAUCCAGUAUGAGCCUGUAUUAUGUACAAGGGGAAAUUGUCGUGCCAUUUUAAAUCCCUUGUGCCAAGUGGACUAUAGAGCAAAAUUGUGGGUUUGCAAUUUCUGUUUCCAAAGAAAUCCUUUCCCUCCCCAAUAUGCAGCCAUAUCGGAGCAACAUCAACCAGCUGAAUUAAUUCCAGGUUUUAGUACCAUUGAAUAUACUAUAACUCGUGCCCCCUGCAUGCCUCCUGUUUUCAUUUUCCUUGUUGAUACUUGCAUGGACGAAGACGAAUUAGAUGCCCUAAAAGAUUCUUUACAAAUGUCUUUGAGUUUGUUGCCACCUAAUGCUUUGGUGGGUCUUAUCACUUUCGGUAAAAUGAUACAAGUUCAUGAAUUAGGUGCUGAAGGUUGUUCAAAGAGUUAUGUAUUCCGUGGCACUAAAGAUUUAACUGCCAAGCAAGUUCAAGAAAUGUUAGGUAUUGGUCGCCAAGCUGGCGGACCUCAGGGAGGUCCAGUUGGACCUGGGGGUCAGCCAAUGGCCGGCCAACAGCAACGUAUGCCUGGUGCACCCGGUCAACAUCCAGCUGUACCACCGGCCAAUCGUUUCUUGCAGCCCAUCUCCAAGUGUGACAUUGCCCUGGGAGAUUUGUUGAGUGAGUUGCAACGUGAUCCUUGGCCAGUGCCUCAGGGCAAGCGUUAUCUCCGUUCAACGGGUGCUGCCUUAGCCAUUGCCGUGGGUUUGUUAGAAUGCACUUAUCCUAAUACUGGAGCCCGCAUUAUGGCUUUUGUUGGCGGACCUUGCUCUCAGGGCCCCGGCCAAGUCGUUGACGAUGAGCUUAAACAUCCCAUUCGUUCCCAUCACGACAUCCAAAAGGACAAUGUCAAAUUCAUGAAAAAAGCCAUCAAGCACUAUGAUACUCUGGCUCUACGCGCAGCCACAAAUGGUCAUUGUAUUGAUAUCUACUCUUGUGCCCUCGAUCAAACCGGUCUUAUGGAAAUGAAACAGUGUUGUAAUUCUACAGGCGGUCAUAUGGUAAUGGGCGAUUCUUUCAAUUCGUCCUUAUUUAAGCAAACGUUCCAACGGGUAUUCUCCCGAGAUGCACGCGGCGAUUUGAAAAUGGCUUUCAAUGGUACUUUGGAGGUUAAAUGCUCAAGGGAAUUGAAAAUAUCUGGAGGCAUUGGGUCGUGUGUGUCGUUGAAUGUGAAGAGCCCAUCGGUGUCGGAUGUUGAAAUCGGCAUGGGCCAAACGGUACAGUGGAAAUUAUGUACCCUCAACCCUAGUUCAACGAUGGCAUUCUUCUUUGAGGUUGUUAAUCAACAUGCUGCUCCUAUCCCUCAGGGUGGUCGUGGUUGUAUUCAGUUCAUAACACAAUAUCAACAUCCAAGUGGCCAGAGACGUAUUCGUGUUACAACGUUGGCAAGAAAUUGGGCAGAUGCUACUUCUAAUAUUCAUCACAUUAGUGCUGGCUUUGACCAAGAAGCUGCUGCUGUAAUAAUGGCACGCAUGGUUGUUUAUCGUGCUGAAACCGAUGAAGGGCCAGAUAUAUUAAGAUGGGUAGAUAGGCAACUCAUUCGUUUGUGUCAAAAAUUCGGCGAAUAUAGUAAAGAUGAUCCCAACAGUUUCCGUUUGGCUCAGAAUUUCUCCCUUUUCCCGCAGUUCAUGUAUCAUUUGCGUCGUUCUCAAUUCUUGCAAGUUUUCAAUAAUUCACCCGAUGAGACCACAUUCUACCGACACAUGCUAAUGCGUGAAGAUCUAACACAAUCAUUGAUAAUGAUUCAACCAAUUUUAUAUUCAUAUUCCUUUAAUGGUCCACCCGAGCCAGUUCUACUCGAUACAUCAUCCAUACAACCUGAUCGUAUCUUAUUGAUGGAUACAUUCUUCCAAAUUCUUAUUUAUCAUGGUGAAACAAUAGCUCAGUGGCGUGCUCUCAAAUAUCAAGAUAUGCCAGAAUAUGAGAAUUUCAAGCAAUUGCUACAGGCUCCCGUUGAUGAUGCCCAAGAAAUCUUGCUGACACGUUUCCCUAUGCCGCGUUACAUAGACACAGAACAUGGUGGUUCACAGGCCCGUUUCUUGCUGUCUAAAGUAAAUCCUUCUCAAACUCACAACAAUAUGUAUGCUUAUGGACAGCCACCAAUUGGUUCAGCUACGGAUGGCGGUGCUCCUGUAUUGACCGAUGAUGUUUCACUACAACUUUUUAUGGAACAUUUAAAGAAACUUGCCGUUUCUUCUACAACAUGAAUUCAUACGAAUACAUGGUAUUGUCGUCUUUUAGCAAGAUUAUGCAAUAUUUUAAAAAAUACUUGGAAACAAUUAAAACGAAAUUUAUUUCAUUGCAUCUUCUAAUGGUAGUUAUUUUAAAAACAUAUUUUUUAAUUAUACUCCUCAUCCAAUCUAUUCUACAGAUGAAUGUA